AUGAAGUUCUCCGCCAUUUUCAUGAUUGCUCUUGCUUCUAUCGCCGCGGCUUCGGAUCGCAAUGCCAUGCCUAAGUCCUGCGAUGAUUGCAAGAAAUUUUUCGACGCUUGCAUGAGGAGCUGUUACUUUGGUGGAAAUACCUGUCCUACCACUUGCGGUAUCGAUACUUGCCGCGCCAGCUCCGUUUGCAAAGAGCACUGCGACUACAAGAAAUGCUAA